CACUUAGCAGGUUUAAAUACAGACAACUAGAAGGACUUUUAUGUUCCUGUCUCCACAACUGACUAUGGAGACUCUGUGGCUCUCUGAAGAAAAGGAUGUUCUUGUGCUCCUGCAAUAAGACCAGAUUGUUUCAGCCAAUUGAGACAUUUACCAGAGAUAACUUAUAAAAAAAUGGGGACCUUUUGGAGAGCAAGUGUAAGGACAGACAACUAAGAGAAUAUUCAUCUUCUUGUCUCUACAAACAAGAAGACGACGAGAGGAAUCAUUCUGUCUACAAAGAGGAUGUUCCAGUGCUUCAAGAACACUUGAUUCCACAUAUGACUUGGAAAUCUGGACACUGAGCAGGUGUAAGGACAGACAACUAGAUAAGUAGACAUCUUCUUGUCUUCACAAUUUCUACAAAGAAGUUGGACUGACUACUGAGGCUCGGUGACUCUACAAAUGACUGUAUGGAACCCUGAAAAAAAAGGACAUUCUAGAACAGAUUCCUGUUGUCUGUAGAGAGAGAUCUUUCACGUCCAACUUGGAAACUCAUGGGCAAGGGGACUCUUUCUGUAACAAUACAUAUUUACAUAUUUGGAUAACUUCAAAAUGUUGACAUUUAGUCACAGAGAAGGUAUGAGGACAAAAAAAACUAGAGAAAUAAUAAUCUUUUUCUCUUUGGACACUGAAAAAAGGACGUGCUAGUCUUGUUAAAGAAGGCCAGAUUCCUACAGCCUGUAGAGAGAGAUCUCCAAUAGAUAAUGUUGGACACAAGAUAAGUGUGAGGACAGUCAAUUAGAAGAUUAUUCAUCUUCCUGCAGAGCAGUUGGACUGAUUACUGAGACUCUGUGCCAAAGGAACUCUUUGUGUCCAUGGCUGGACUCUCUGGAGAAGAAGAGGUUCUACUGCAAAUCCUCAAAUGAGUUUCCACAGCACGUAGAGAGAAAGUGUCCACAGAUAACUUUUAAAUUUGGACAUAAAACACAAUUUCAUCUUUGUAUGCUGGAGUUUAGUCUCCAGAAUUACUCCCUACAAGCUUACCUGAGUCAAACUGAGCCCUAGAUUUCACAUUCACGGUUAGGGUGGUGUGAACUCAAGACUUGAUCUAGCUGGGAGAUUUACUGUAGUGCACAUUAAGGUGUGUGUAGUUUAUUUAAGGGUUAGGCCUGGGCUACAUGAGACAUCAUGACUCUGGCAGGUCGACUGGACGAGCUGGAGGCUACACUGGAGCACAUGCUAAUGGAUGUGUUUAUGACAGAGGGGCGGAGAUGUCAGGUCCAUCUCCUGGACGACAGGAAAUUGGAGCUGCUUGUGCAGCCCAAGCUGAUGGCGAAGGAUCUCCUGGACCUGGUAGCAUCCCACUUCAAUCUGAAGGAGAAGGAGUAUUUUGGAAUCUCCUACACAGAUGACACGGGGCACUUCAGCUGGCUGCAGUUGGACAGACGUGUUCUGGAACACGAAUUCCCCAAAAAAUCCGGCCCCAUCGUUCUCUAUUUCUGCGUUAGGUUUUAUAUAGAGAGUAUUUCAUACUUGAAGGACAAUGCCACCAUCGAGCUGUUCUUUCUCAAUGCCAAAUCAUGCAUUUAUAAGGAGCUCAUAGAGGUGGACAGUGAAGUAGUGUUUGAACUGGCCUCCUACAUAUUGCAGGAAGCCAAAGGAGACUUCACGAGUAAUGAAGCCACACACUCUGACCUAAAGAAGCUGCCUGCCCUGCCUACACAGGCACUGAAGGAGCAUCCGUCACUCGCUUACUGUGAGGAACGAGUCAUUGAGCACUAUAAGAAGCUGAGCGGGCAGUCCAGAGGCCAGGCUAUUGUCAAUUAUAUGAGUAUAGUGGAGUCAUUGCCUACAUAUGGAGUGCAUUACUACGCGGUUAAGGAUAAGCAGGGGAUCCCGUGGUGGUUGGGGUUAAGUUAUAAGGGCAUCUUUCAGUAUGACUACCAAGACAAAGUGAAACCCAGGAAGGUGUUUCAAUGGAGGCAGCUGGAGAACCUGUACUUCAGAGAGAAGAAGUUCUCAGUGGAAGUUCAUGACCCUAGAAGCAGGGCGUCGGUAACGCGAAGGACGUUUGGUCACAGCGGCAUCGCCGUGCACACCUGGUACGCCUGCCCUGCCCUCAUCAAAUCCAUCUGGGCCAUGGCCAUCAGCCAGCACCAGUUCUACCUGGACCGCAAACAGAGCAAGUCUAAGAUCCACGCUGCCCGCAGUCUCAACGAGAUAGCCAUCGACCUUACAGAGACGGGCACUCUGAAGACAUCCAAGCUUGCCAACAUGGGCAGCAAGGGCAAAAUCAUCAGUGGCAGCAGCGGAAGUCUUCUGUCCUCAGGUUCUCAGGAAUCGGACAGUUCUCAGACCGCUAAGAAGGACAUGCUGGCAGCUCUGCGUGCCAGGCAGGAGGCUCUGGAGGAGACACUGAGGCAGAGGAUAGAGGAGCUGAAGAACAUCUGCAUCAGAGAAGCGGAGCUGACAGGAAAGCUGCCUAAAGAGUAUCCUCUAGAUCCAGGAGAGGAGGCCCCCACAGUACGACGCAAAAUCGGCACAGCCUUCAAGCUGGAUGAGCAGAAGAUCCUUCCCAAAGGCGAGGAGGAGGAACUGGAGCGCUUGGAGAGAGAGUUCGCUAUCCAGUCUCAGAUCACGGAGGCGGCACGUCGCUUGGCCAGCGAUCCUCACGUGAGCAGCAAGAAGCUGAAGAAGCAGAGGAAGACCUCGUACCUCAACGCACUGAAGAAGCUGCAGGAUAUUGAGAACGGCAUCAACGAGUACCGCGUCCGCUCUGGAAAGAAGCCCACCCAGCGAGCCUCACUCAUCAUAGAGGAAGCUAAUAUUGGCUCAGAGGACAGCUCCCUGUCUGACGCUCUGGUGCUUGAUGAUGAUGACCCCCAGGUGACAGGAACCCCCAACUUCUCUCCAGUCGCCUCCCCCCAUAAAGGCCUCCCUCCUCGGCCACCCUCCCACAGCAGGCCCCCUCCUCCGCAGUCUCUGGAAGGACUGAGGCACCUGCACUACCAGCGCAGUGACUACGACAAGUCUCCAAUCAAACCUCGCAUGUGGAGUGAGAGUUCACUGGAUGAGCCCUACGAGAGGGUGAAGAAACGCUCCUCCCACUCCAGCAGUCACAGGCGGUUCCCCAGCACAGGGAGCUGUGAGGCUGGAGGGAGUAACUCUCUGCAAAACAGUCCAGUGCGCAACCUGCCCCACUGGAACAGCCAAUCCAGCAUGCCCUCUACUCCUGACCUGAGAACCAGGAGCUACGUCCACUCAUCCAGCUUGACUCAGCCCUUCCGUGGGCGGAGCUCCAGUCUGGAGUCUCAGGGGAAGCUGCUGAGUUUGGAGGCGGAGUCAGAAGCAGGGCUCAGCCCGGACCUCUUCCUGUCAGGUCCUCAGCGGACAGGAAGCAACGGCUCGGUGGCCCCGGAUGACUGCUCGUCCUGCACCAGCCACUCCAGCUCGGAGCACUACUACCCUUCGUCUGGCUCCAACCCCAACUACUGCACGCUGGCCGAGGACUCGCCCUCUAAAGCCCGGCAGAGGCAGCGGCAGCGCCACAAGUCCGCCGGACACCUGGGCACCUCCAGCUCAGGCAGCAUGCCCAACCUGGCUGCUCGGAACGGCGGGGGCAGCACUCACGGCAACGGCGGAGUGUGUGGCAGCCACCAGGGCGUUUACCUGCACAGCCAGAGCCAGCCGUCCUCGCAGUACCGCAUCAAGGAGUACCCGCUGUACACGGAGGGCAGCAGCCCCGGCGCAGUGGUGGUCCGCAGCCUGGAGAAUGACCAGGAGGGUCACUACAGCGUCAAGGCCCAGUUCAAAACGUCUAACUCGUACACGGCCGGCGGCCUCUACAAGGAGGGCUGGGGGUCCGGGGAGGACGGCGAGGGGGGCAGCGGUAGCGGCAGGCUCACCCCCUCCAGGUCUCAGAUAGUCAGGACUCCAUCACUGGGGAGGGAAGGGGGUGGAGGGGGGAGAGUAGCCGUGUCUGAGGAGCUCAGGUGUUGGUACCAGCGCUCGUCCGGAUCACUGAAGGAACACUCACGCGUCACACACACCAGCUCCAACGCAUCAGACGGCCGCGGAGGAAGAGUGGGGACACUAGUGAAGGGCUCACCAGCUGCCUCUCCACACAGCCAGAGAAGUGGAACUCCAUGUAGUGAGUCUGCAGCCACGCCCCCCUGCAGUCCCCAGCACAUACUCAACUGGCAGAGCGGGUCAUUCAGCGAUAGCUGUUUCCUGAGCAGUCCCCUGUGCUCCGAGCUAGCAGAUGUGCAGUGGUAUGGACACGAGAAGGCCAAGCCAGGAACACUCGUCUAAACCCACCCCUCCGUCCUCUCCUUCGUCCCCUUCUUCGUCCAUCCCUCCCCUCCCUCUCUCUGUGGAACAGUGUUCUCCAGGAAGGUCUGUCCACAGGCUGGACCUCAACACAUCUUAAAGACAAACCUACAGCUGGAGCAAAUGCCCACCUCAAAUGUCUCUACUUCCUCUCCCCUCAACCCUCACUCCCUCUCUCUCCGUCUGUGCAUAUCCAGCGGUACAGUGGCUCUGGAACUGUAAGAUUAGAGGGGUCAGACCGAACUGGACUAAACUGAGCGAAAGUUGACCUUUCUGACCUUUCUCCCACUGCUUACCUGUUGAACUCUGAACUGUGACCCAGUUAGCUGCCAGCCAGUUGCUCCGUAUGCACAAAAAAAAGUAAUUAAAGACCCUCGUCGUCCGAUCCCGUCGCUGGAGUGAUGCGCAAAGGUGCGUGGUCUCUCCGAUUCGGAGAGAUAUGUGUAAAUGUACGUGUCUGCAUUUCAGUAAACAACUCCCUUCCCACAUAUGCAUACUCAAACACGCACACACACAUCUGUCCCCCAUGCUGUGGCGUGUGUGUAUGUAUGUGUGUGUGUGUGUAUUUCUGCACUGAAGAUUGGAUUGAGAGAUUGGAUAUCUCUCUCGCCCUCUCUCACUCUAAAACAAACUUAUUUCUUCAAAACAUGUUGCUGUCAGCCUUCUCGUUCUCAGAGCUACCACGAUUCACAAGCCCCGCCCAUCCGUAUUCUGUAAGAGUGGGCCGUGAGCCCCUGUUUCUGCCUGUGGACUUUUUGUUUUUGUUAAUUAAGUUCUAUGAAAGAAACUGUAAAAAAAAAGAAGCAGUGUAUGUAUGCCUAAAUAUACAUAUAUACAUCUAAAGACCACACGUAAGCAGCAGCAGGAUGAAAAGAACAAAAAAAACGUUCUUCACAUUUAGGAGUGUUCUAUCUUGUUAGGAAAACUGGACAAUUGGAUUAUUCUCCAGGUUUCCUCAGGUGUGAGAACUUCCCAGAAGCUAGGCUAUCCACACUUAGCACCUCAGUGACAACCAUAGCUCAAUUAUGGUAUUCUAGUCUAUUAAGUAAUGAGUAAUGCUCAUUAUUUCCAUAUGAAUAAAAUGCAUGUAAUGACAGCCUCUAUAGAUAUAUACAUAUUAUAUUUUGUGGAAACCGCUGUCAACCUUUAAUAGUAAAGUGAAGGAGAAAUCAGAGGAGCUAAUGUUAAAGCCUGUAGGGCUUGUUAUUAUACUGUGGGGGUUGUAAUUUUUGCGUUUUAUUGUAUUCCAACAGGACAAUGCUCGUCCACAUACUGGCACCAUCUCAAGAGGCUGCUCUGGAGACACAGAUGUAAUGCAAUCUGUCUAGAAUGCUAUCCCUGUAUAGAAUUAAAGCUGCCAUAGAAAAUACAUUCAAAAAUAUCUUGUAAAUGAAAAUUGUAUCUGCAAUAUAUUGUACAGAAUUUGAAAUUGAAAUUUACAUUUUGUUGUACCAUUACACGCCUAAUUACAACAACACAGUUGUUGCUAUUAAUUAACUAUUAAGGUUACUGUAAGUAAGCAAGACAGAUGUUUAUGAUGUAUUUUAUUCAUGUGGAAAUUAUGAAUAUAUUUUCAGUAUACAAUAAUCUCCAAAAUUUCUAAUUUGUGUAUUACCCAGUACCUUUUCAGAUUCUUCGGCCAAAUGUUGGUUGUCAUUGUAGGCCUGUGUGUGGAAGAACUUCCUAUUAUCACAACCACUAGUGAAAUUUUGAGGGCUUGUGGUCUCUGUCUGUGUGUACUUUUAUAUCUCUCUGUUUAUCAUUUCUCCAUCUGUGACAGUCCAUUUGUCUUGAGUUACCUUUCCAAGGCAUUUGGACAGCUGAAGUUUAGCCUGAGGCUACUGCUGGAAUGUGGAGCUGGGUGCAGUUUCCCUCUAAAACACUGCAGUCUGGAGAUCAGCAUUAUUCAGAGUGUUCAGAGUGCUGGAUCUGCUGCGUUAGAGCGAGUGGUCUUUGUUCUGGCAGACCUCCAUGAAUGUUAGCUGGAGGUUUGCUGGGAUAAUUUAGUGCUGUGGCCCUUACCUUGCGUUUAGACACAAAUCCACCGAGUACUGUAUGUGCCGCUUACUCUCUCAGGCAGCAACCAGUGUACUUUCAGCUAUGGCAGCCUGCCAGCCACUAUGGUGCUCUUGAGCCUGUACUGUACACAGAUAGUGGAUAUGUGGAUGUCCUACAGUGAUGCCCUGCUGUGAGCCUUGAACACCUGCAAGUCCUACUACAAGUCCUGCAAGUCAUCUUCUCCAUACCUGCCAUCAAUGUGAAGGUCAAGAGCUUCGUUUUUUCCUAUUUGUAAAAUUUUGGGAUCUGAACAGAGCCUUACCGAUGGAUUUUUUUUGUAACUGCCAUUCAGAAUUCCGAAACGGAUCGGCAUACAUAGUCAGCACUGUGCUGCUCGUGAAGCCACAGGAUUGGAAGUUGGAAGAGCACAACCUACAGAGACACUGACCAACCGUUUUUCCUCGUUCUUAACCUGGUUUUUACCUCUCUCUCUCUGCCAUUGCCUGGGAAGUAGUUCAGGAGAUAAGCAUUCCAGCAUUCCAAGAGCAAAACUCAGACCCGGUCUUCAGUUACUUCAGAGCAGAAGAAAACCUCCACACUCACAACGAGGUGUUCUACCACACGCUCACUUCAGGUUCUCAGAAAAGCUGAGCCGAAAACAGGGUGUUCAUGUUGUUUUUCUAGCGUCACGCAGUCAGCGAGAUUUUAACCCAAACCGCUGGUGCCCUUCUCCUCCUGUCUGUCUCCCUGCGACGGGGAAACACGCCAAGCCAUACAGCAACGACCACACUCUUUACUCCUUACUCUUUUCUACCGCACUCUCUGCAUGGUCCCUCAAAUACAAGAAAGAAAGACCCCCAGCGUACACAGAUACAUACACACUCUAUCACACAUGGACAUUUAGCAACAAAGGACUUUGUUCUAGUAAAUAGAUAAAUAAAUCUAAAAGCACACAUUUAAUCAUUUAUUUUUUGAAGAAAAAUAACAAAAACAAAUCUUUAUUUCCACUCGUUUGGUUUUCGAACAUGCCAGCAGACAGACAUGCAUUUUCUAUCGAAGUGUUUUCAGCACCAUGGCAAUAUUACCCCUACAUCUCCAAUGUUAACAAUGUCAGAUCUGGCCUGUCUCCCAAAUGGAAUAACGGUAUAAAUGGUUUUCUGCCUGUAUUUUCCUUAAACUGCCUCUCCGCCGUCCCUGAGAUCAGAUGGUGGAUUGGACGUUCACUAAUAGAAAUUGAACUUUGGAACGUUCCAGGCCAUGUUUACCUUGCAUGCUCAACCACUCUCCACUGUGUAGCAUCCUUUUUAACAGCAAAGCUCUAUAGACACAUCCCGAAGAAAAAGAACCUCUCAUUCCCAUUCCCAACAAUGCUGUGGUUCGGGCCUUGUGGUUAUCCACCCACUCCGACUUACAAAGGAAAAAGUGUAUUAUUCUCUUCUCCUCAUCCUCUCAUUCCUACCUGUAUUUAAUAACAAGCCUAAACCUUUUAUAACAAAAAGAUUAAACUAACACAUUUAUCAACAUAUAUGGAAAAGACUAUGGACGCCUGUCUGGGUUAUUUUAAAAAGAAAAAGAAGAAGAAGAAAACAUGUUCAAAUGUUUUAAUUUCUUGUUUUUAUUGUUUUUACAGAUCUGUAUUCAUUUCCUUUUUAUUUCUCACUAAGUUGGGACAUAGUAACGACCCUUUCAGGUGCUACAGGAUGACCAGUUACUGCAUCGUUUCCUAGCUGUAGACUUUUCCUAACUGUUGUCAAUAGUUUUAAUACAAGUUGUGCAAAAAUGAAGGAUGCUAGUUACUAAACUGUGUCGCUCACUCCCUUAUCCUGACAAUAGAGCAUGUUUCAUAAGUUUAUGGAGUUCAGUUCAGACAUAACCGGACACAUUAUAACGGUGUUGUAGAAAAAAAAAAACAAUGUGGAGUUGUUUGGGUGGGGGUUGGGGGGGAAAUAACCAGAUUCCACAGUUAAUUUAUUCUUUUUCUAUUAAGAAUUUGUAUAGUAACUUUACAUUUUUCAAAAACCGUGUUGUUGGCAACUGAUACUGAAUUUUCCAGAUGAGAAAUGUGGUGGUUCUUGAGAUUAUGAAAAAUAAAUUAUUGCUGAAUGUUCUCUAAA